GCCUCUUUUCAAUACUGUAACACCGCAAUUCCCAUAUGAAUCCAAAAGACUGUACAAAAAGCACAAUUGUGAGAGUAUUUCUUGUUGGGUUUGUACCAAAAGACCAAAAGUUUUUGUUGGGUUCUAUCACGUGUCUUUCGGUAGGUUGAAGUGAUUGUUCUACAGGCAAAGAGAGUGUGUGUUGUGUGUGCUUGCAUAUUUUUGACAUUUAUGAAUUAACAAGAGAAAAAAAGAGCAUGCACGUUCAGAGGCAUUUAGAGAAAGAGUGAGGUUUCUGUUCUGUAAUUGUUAAAGAUUUACGGGUUUCUUGAAAGCUAAUAUUUUCCGCCAUUAUUAGAGCUUUUAAGUGCCAGAGCUUUUCUGGGUCCAUUGCUUUCGCUGUCUUUAAUGCAUUUGCAAUGCCGAUUUGAGGAGCCCUUUUACCUCAUUUCUCUUUUUGUCACCUGGAGCUUUUGUUCGUUCUUGGACUACUGAAAACAGCGAGAAAUGGGCUUUCGAAUUGAGGAUGGUAAGAAAUGCUGAUCUUUUCUAUGUUUGGAUCUGUGAAAGUGAAUGGUUAUGCUGUUUGAAGAAGUCUCUUAAUGUUUGUGCUAUUGGAAGGUAGCAUUCUUAUCCUGAAGUCGAGUUGGGCAGCUUUCUUUGGAGCUUGGAGUUCUUUUACUUUUGUCGUUGAACUCCUUGGUUGCAUUGCUAACUCAUUAUUACCUGGGAUUAGGAUGAAGAUAUUUAGGUUUUCUCUGGUUUGUCUUUGUUUUGUGUCGGCCUUGAGCCAGCUCCCUCCCCGGGAUGUAUUGGCCCUGCUUGAAUUCAAGAAAGGAAUCAAGCAUGACCCAACAGGUUUUGUGCUGGAUUCAUGGAAUGACGAGUCCAUUGCUUCCAAUGGGUGUCCUUCAUCUUGGUAUGGUAUCAUGUGUGAUGGUGGAAACGUUGCAGCAGUUGUUCUUGACAAUUUGGGCCUGGUAGCAGAUGUGGAUUUGAGCGUGUUCACAAAUCUGACAAUGCUUGUAAAACUUUCAAUUUCGAACAAUUCAAUUACUGGGAAGUUGCCCAACAAGCUUAGCAACUUCAAGAGCCUUGAGUAUCUGGAUGUUUCUGAGAACAUGUUUUCCUCAUCACUGCCAUCAGAUAUUGGUAAACUAGUCAGUUUAAAAAAUCUUUCAUUGGCUGGAAAUAAUUUCUCUGGCUCGAUCCCAGACACAAUUUCUGGACUUGCAUCUAUCCGUUCCUUAGACAUGAGCAGCAAUUCGCUAUUUGGGCCACUCCCAUCUUCUUUGACAAGGUUGGGAGGCUUAGUUUAUCUUAAUCUUUCACUUAAUGGCUUCACUGAAAGCAUACCAAAGGGGUUGGAGCUGAUGAAACAGCUUGAUGUUCUUGACUUGCAUGGCAAUAUGCUUGAUGGUAAAUUUGAUCCGAAAUUCUUGCUGCAGACUACAGCAAGUCAUGUUGAUCUUAGUGGCAAUUUGCUCAAGAGUUUUUCUAUGGAGCAGCAAAAUUUUCUGGUCGGUGUCUCUCCAUCUAUCAAGCAUUUAAAUCUCAGCCACAACCAACUAACUGGAUCACUUGGAAGUGGUGGUGAGGCUGAGGCUUUUGGUAGCUUAAAGGUUUUGGAUUUGAGCUAUAAUCAGCUGUCUGGGGAAUUACCUGGUUUCAAUUUUGUUUAUGAUCUUCAAGUCCUGAAACUUGGCAACAACAGAUUUUCGGGUUCCAUUCCUAAUAACCUUUUGAAAGGAGAUUCUUUGGUUCUAACUGAGUUGGACUUAAGUGGCAACAGUCUCUCAGGACCUGUAAGUAUGAUUACAUCAACAACACUACACACCCUUAAUCUCUCUUCAAAUGUACUUUCUGGUGAGCUUCCACCAUUGACAGGAAGCUGUUCAGUAGUUGACCUCUCAAAAAACCAAUUUGAAGGAAAUUUAACAAGGCUGCUGAAAUGGGGAAACGUAGAAGUCCUUGAUCUCAGCCAAAACAGGCUGACAGGGUCCAUUCCAGAGGUAACUGCUCAAUUUUUGCGUUUAAAUUACCUGAACGUCUCCCACAAUUCCCUGAAUGGUUCUCUUCCCAAAGUGAUCACACUGUUUCCGAAACUCAUUGAGCUUGAUCUUAGCUUCAAUCAAUUGGAUGGACCUCUGCUAAAUACUCUUUUAACAUCAUCAACUCUGAGACAAAUUCACCUACAGGGUAAUAGACUUUCUGGAAGUAUUGAUUUUUCACCAUCCUCUGGUGAUUUAGAUCUCCAAGUUCUUGAUCUUUCUUACAACCAGCUUGAUGGUCACCUCCCUGAUGAAUAUGGAUUGUUCACUGGACUUCAAGUGCUCAAUAUUGCAGGAAACAAUUUCUCUGGGUCUAUUCCUACUUCAAUUUGUAAUAUCAGUGCCCUAACUUCACUAGAUAUUUCUCGGAAUCAUUUCACUGGUCCACUUCCCAAGAACUUAUCAAACAGUCUUCAAAGCUUUAAUGCAUCAUAUAAUGAUCUUUCUGGUGUUGUUCCAGAAAAUUUGAGAAAGUUUCCUCUAUCUUCUUUCUACCCUGGUAAUUGUGAACUGGAGUUCCCUAAUCCUCCUCCUGGCUCUGACAAUUUUCCACCAGGAAAUGCAAGCAAGAAAAGUUUGAGAACUAUCAUUAAAAUUGUAAUAAUAGUUGCUUGUGUUGUUGCCGUGAUCAUUUUGAUCCUUCUUGUCAUUUUCAUUUAUUGCAAGCGCAUGUCAAGAAUGCGUUUAUCAGAUGUAACCAACAAAGGUGCCACCCAUCAAGCUUCAACAAGUCCUUCUAGCUUUGGUGGAAGGGAUCGUGCUGGUGGCUCAGUUGUUUCAACAGAGGAUCUUGUAACACCACAAAAAGGAUCAGCAUCUGAAAUAAUUAGUCCAGAUGAGAAAAUGGUAGCCAAAACAAGUUUCUCGCCUUCCAAGACCAGCCACUUAUCAUGGUCGCCUGAAUCUGGUGAUUCAUAUGCUGCAGAAAACCUUUCAAGAUUGGAGGUCAGGUCUCCUGAUCGCCUGGCUGGUGAGCUGUACUUCCUAGAUGAUACAAUUUCUUUCACGGCAGAGGAAUUAUCAAGAGCCCCAGCGGAAGUCCUUGGAAGAAGCAGUCAUGGGACAUCUUACAGAGCAACUCUGGACAAUGGACUGUUGUUGACUGUAAAGUGGUUGAGAGAAGGAGUUGCAAAGCAGAGAAAGGAGUUUGCUAAAGAGGCUAAGAAAUUUGCCAAUAUCAGACAUCCAAAUGUGGUGGGAUUGAGAGGGUACUACUGGGGGCCCACACAACAUGAGAAACUCAUUCUUUCAGACUACAUAUCUCCUGGAAGUCUUGCGAGUUUCCUAUACGAUCGGCCUGGGAGAAAGGCUCCGCCCUUAAACUGGGCCCAAAGGCUCAAAAUAGCAGUAGAUGUCGCACGGGGGCUGAACUACCUCCAUUUUGACCGUGCUGUUCCCCAUGGGAAUCUUAAAGCCACCAAUGUACUACUAGACGGACCUGAUCUUAACGGGCGGGUAGCUGAUUACUGUCUUCACCGUCUGAUGACCCAAUUAGGCACCAUCGAGCAAAUUCUUGAUGCUGGGGUCUUGGGUUACCGUGCACCGGAACUAGCAGCAUCCAAGAAGCCUGUACCGUCUUUCAAGUCAGACAUUUAUGCCUUUGGAGUAAUUUUGCUAGAACUUCUUACUGGAAAAUGUGCUGGCGAUGUAGUUUCUGGUGAUGAUGGAGGAGUAGAUUUGACAGACUGGGUUCGCCUGAGAGUGGCUGAAGGUCAAGGAUCAGAUUGUUUUGAUGCGGCAUUGACACCCGAGAUGAGCACUCCAGCAGCCGAUAAAGGAAUGAAAGAGGUCCUGGGAAUAGCUCUUCGAUGCAUUCGGUCUGUGUCUGAGAGGCCAGGCAUCAAGACUGUAUACGAGGAUCUUUCAGCAAUCUAGUUUGCUGAUAUGAAGAAACGUGAAGUGGGAAGCAAAUAGCUAGCUCAUUGACCUUCUUCUUGCUAAAUUUUUUCAAGCAUUGUUGUAAAUUGGGGCGUAUUAUUGAUGUAUACAAGCUUUUGAUGAGCAGAGCUCUGAUCUGACUGACUGUCAACUGGGAAUCUAUCAGAGUUACUUAUUAAGCACAUCAAAAACAGUUGUUCCAUUUCAAGAUUUGGUGAAGUAUUAAUUCCAACCCAUAA